AUGUUCAUUCUUACUACCCUCUCCGAUCUGAUCCAGAUCUCCCCAGAAGACUUCUCGAAGUAUAGCUCUAUCGCUAUCGAGGACAAUAUCAAUGAGAAGUACGCAAAUAAAGUCAUUCAAAAAGUUGGCCUGUGCAUUGGAUUCUACGACUUGUUGGAGUCCUCGGACGGUCUUAUCGGUCAUGGCACUGGUUUAGUCAAUGUGAACGUCAAGUUCCGCCUCAUUGUGUUCCGCCCCUUUAAAGGAGAGAUUAUGUUGGGCAAGAUCUCCAGCGCUACUGAACAUGGUAUUAAAAUUGCUGUAGAGUUUUUCAAUGACAUUCUCGUACCUCCAAACCUUCUUUUGGACGGCGCCAGAUUUGAUUAUGCUGAUCAGGUUUGGAUCUGGGAAAACGAAGACGGCUCCACAUUUUAUUUUGAUAUCGGAGAAGUUGUCCGAUUCCGCGUUGAGAUAGAAGAGUGGCAUGACCAAAUACCCAACGCGCCAGAUCUAGGAGAUGCUGCCGCUCUCGAACGAAAGCCCCCGUAUUCUAUUAUUGGAUCGAUGCAAAUGGCUGGUCUGGGACCUGUCUCUUGGUGGUAA